AACAACACCCUAAGCCAUUCUCCUUCUUUGAUAGGGCUAAACAUUAAACAAAUCAAAAUCCAAACCCUAGAGGGUCACAGACAAACUGAAUUUCGGGAGUUUGUCAUCUUCCCGUAUAAGGGUUUGAAAUACAGUCGAUGCUUGGAAUUAGAGAGCUAAUCGAAAGAGGAAGAGGAGAGGGUCUGUUUGUUAAAUGCUCUCUCUCUUCUUCAAAUAUAAAACACUCUUUCUUCUUUUUUUCAUGUCUUCAAUCAACACUCUUUCUCUCUCUUCUUCUUUGUGUGCUGCACCAGUGUGCUCUCAAACCCUAGCUCGAUUCGUUUCUCAUCUCUUUUCUAUACCUCUCGCGUUUUCUCUCUUUAAUCCUUGUCGUUUUAGGUCUCCGGUUUCUAGGGUUUACGUCGCAUUUAAAACAUGACUGAUUCUAAGGUACUACUGUUUGGGUCAUUCACUGAGGAAGAGACAAGGUCAUGGCAGGUAAAACGAUCAUCUGAAAGUGCUAAAAAACCUGUUUCGUCAGGGAGAGCUGAAAAUCCCGUGGAAGAGAAAGAUUUGCUCUUUGGUUCUUUCGAUUUGACUGGAAGUUCUUCAGGUGGUUUGAAAGGUGAACCAAGUGGACAGUUAGGUACUGCAGAUGGGCCAGUUGUUCUUCAGCCCUCAACUCCUGUUAGGAAGGAUGAUAAAAUAAAGAUUGUAACCGCACCAAAUAAUCAGUUUCCAGGAGCCUUGGAAGGAACUAUAGAAAAUGGAAACAUUAAGAAUUCUACUAAUGGCACUGCCCUCAGUAAUGGUGUUAAAGAAUUGAAAACAGACGGUAUUGAUUUAACCUCGUUAAGCUUAUCUCAGAAUGAAGGCGGUCAUUCAUAUUCACACCCAAGUUCAAAAUUUUGUGUCCUUGAUGGUGUAAGUGUAAAGGAUGGGUAUCAGAAUGGGACUGCAUAUGGUUCAUCAAUAUCCGUGUCAAAACAGGAGGUCUGGAAGACAACUAGUGAGCCUGUUAAAAGUGCUAGAGACUUACUGCCCAGAGGUUUAAUCAACUUAGGAAAUCUAUGCUUUCUUAACGCAACUCUACAGGCUCUGUUGUCCUGUUCCCCUUUUGUUCAGCUCUUGCAUGAACUUAGAACUCGUGACAUACUGAAGGUUGGAUAUCCCACUUUAACUGCAUUUUUUGAGUUCAUCUCUGAAUUCGACAAGUCUUCUAGUCCAAGGAUUACGAAGAAAGAUGUGGCUUACGUUGAAACUGGGAGGCCUUUUAGUCCUGCCAUGUUUGAAGCUGUUCUUAAAAAUUUUACUCCAGAUGUGCCAAGCAGCAUAUCCGGCAGACCAAGGCAGGAAGACGCUCAGGAGUUUCUAAGUUUUAUAAUGGAUCAAAUGCAUGAUGAAUUACUUAAGCUUCAAGGACAGUUUGCUAACACCAAUGGAGCCAAGUCAUCUCUUGUCUCUUCUGCUGAAGAUGAUGAAUGGGAGACAGUUGGCCCAAAGAACUCAUCUGCUGUUACAAGAACACAAAGCUUCGUUCCUUCAGAGCUUAGUGAUAUUUUUGGAGGACAAUUGAAAAGUGUAGUGAAGGCAAAAGGAAAUAAAGCCUCUGCUACUGUUCAACCAUUUCUCUUGCUCCACCUCGAUAUUCAUCCUGAAGCUGUUUGCACAAUUGAGGAUGCACUUCAUUUAUUUUCUGCGCCAGAAAAUCUUGAGGGAUAUCGAACUUCAGUAACUGGGAAGGCUGGAGUUGUGACUGCCAGAAAAUCUGUUAAAAUACAGACCCUCUCAAAGAUAAUGAUAUUGCACCUGAUGCGAUUUAGUUAUGGAAGCCAAGGGAGCACCAAGUUGCUUAAACCUGUGCAUUUUCCUCUUGAAUUGGUCCUGGGUCGAGAACUGCUUGUUACUCCAUCUGCUGAGGGCCGAAAAUACGAACUUGUUGCCACAAUUACCCACCAUGGAAGAGAGCCUUCAAAAGGGCAUUACACUGCAGAUGCUCGUUAUUCUAAUGGCCAAUGGCUACGUUUUGAUGAUGCCUCCGUGACUGCCAUUGGGACAAGCAAGGUAUUGCAUGACCAAGCAUAUGUCCUCUUUUACAAACAACUGUAGAAGGUUACAGAAGAGUUUUGUCAUCAACAAUGGAGAAAAAAAAGUAUCUAAAAUACUUUGUGGAUACUUGACUCCACCUU